GUGUUCCCUUUAACUGCAUUUUCUGCUGUAUGACAAUUGAAUGAAGAAUGCUUUUUGAUUAUUUCCGCAUUCAAAUGUGGUCAUACCACUGUCCAAAUAGUAUGGGGGGGAUCCUGGUUAACUUCAUAUGUCAAGAACAGAAGGUGUAAAUAAAAUAUUAAGAAGUCCCGGUUAGAAUUAUCCAGUAAAUGCCAGAACCUUCCAGACAGUUGUGGAACUACAGAUGAUGACGUCAUACACCACACAUCCCCCUUGUGGGAGGGGCGUUUGUGACGCAACUCUGAUGACGUUGCGUGGGCGGGUCGUGUGCGACGUCCAUUAAUACAGUUCACCGCUGAGCAGACAGAAGAGAAUAUUUCUAAACAGAAGUGUACAGGAGCGUCAUAUCAACCUAAUUGAACCGAAAUAAAUUAUAAUAAUUCAAGAUUCUACAACAUUUUUCACCGGAGGACCACAACUCGACGAGUGAACGCUAACCGUUGUGGCUUGAAGAGUAUAUUUGAAUGCAAUGGAGUUUCCAGAUCUGGGAGAACAUUGCUCAGAGAAGACCUGCAAGCGUUUAGACUUCCUCCCCAUGAAAUGUGAUGCCUGUCAGGAGAUAUUUUGUAAGGACCACAUCACCUAUGAGCACCACAAAUGCACCUCGUCGUACAAAAAGGAUGUACAAGUUCCAGUAUGCCCUUUGUGCAACACCCCGAUUCCCAUCAAGAGAGGAGAGAUGCCUGAUAUUAAAGUUGGGGAACACAUCGAUCGGGAUUGCAAAUCGGACCCUGCACAGAGAAAAAGAAAGAUUUUCACCAACAAGUGCUCCAAAGGCGGCUGCAAGCAGAAGGAAAUGAUGAGAGUGACGUGCGACCAGUGUCAUUUAAACUACUGUCUUAAACACAGACACCCACUCGACCAUGAUUGUAAGACCGACGGGAAACCCCUGUCCCAGUCCGGACAUGCUGCUUUAAUGAGGGCCCAAGGUGCUUCCUCCAACUCUGCUUCCUCUUCCUCUUUGGGACCCUCAAGAUCAGUUUCUAAUGGAGUGGAUGCAAGUAGCAGAGGCCACAAUAGCAACGCCAGCCGGCCGAUCCCGACUUCAGUGUCGGCGCAUAAUGUGGUGCAGCCGUCGUCAUCGUUUCAGGCAGGGAUGACGGAGGAACAGGCCUUACAAAGAGCUCUAGAGAUGUCUUUGGCCGAGUCCAGGCAAGCGACUCCGCCAGCACUCAGCCCGCAGGAACAGGAGGACCUGGCGCUGGCUCAGGCUCUCGCCGCUAGUGAGGAAGAAUACAGACGCCAGCAGCAGAGACAACAGGUACCAUCCGGAACGCUUUAGCAUGCUAGCAUGGUAGAGAGUCCAAACAGUCCAACUGCUGCCUUUCUUAAUCUCGGACCCUCGCAUUUCUUAACUUCAAGGCACACUUGAAACCUCACAAAUGGGAUUCUCAACAUCCAGUGAUUGUUUUUUUUUCCGACAUUAAGAACCAUUACAAGCUGCUCACCUGUCGCCUUCUGUACACUACAAACUAAGCACAUGUUCUCCCAGGUCAUUUCUACCAGUGGUUUGCUUUGUACAUAUUUUAUAUGCUGAUCGUAAAACUCUUAUUUUGCCACCUAUGAAGAAUGAAUAAAUUAUUUCAAACCUACAA